CAGUAUCUCUGGGUGACCAUUAACUCUUAACUAGCGCGCGUGAAACCCUGGCCAUACCCCAAACGUAUCCUCUAGGAUUGACCUUGUCAGUUGCCAUAACAUUGAUAACAUCAUUAUACAAACAAAAAGAUAAGAUAGUAUAUGCUUCUCAUAUUCGGUAUUUGCUUUUUGCACCCCUCUUAGGCUGAGCAAGGUAUUAGGCGGCAGCGCCGGCCCCUGUGUAUAUCAUCGUGAUGUGGCACCGAAUGACAAAUGCUUAGAUACACCUUAGAAGCCCGGUGUCACGCUUCCCACCAACUCGUAGUCCUGGUCAAUAUUUCAUUAGAUGCUUAGUCGUCUCAAUCACAUUCGUACCGCCUUAUUUUCUUUCGCGACGCCUGCGAUGUCACAUGCAAUUGACACGUCCCAUUAUCGUGCUGCCUUGUCUUCAGGCAAGUACCGUUCCUUCGAAUGUGUGGAUCCAACCACGAACUCUUCGUCAAUACAGGCACUCAAAGCGAGAUUGCCACAUUCGCUGGGGGGUGUUUUUGGGGUGUCGAACACAUAUUCCUGAAAGAGUAUCCUCCUUCGCAGAACAAGGGCAUCCUCAAGACGAGCGUCGGAUACACCGGCGGGCUGGAGAAAGCUCAGAGCCCGACGUACAGAGAAGUGUGCACUGGAACAACCGAUCAUGCUGAGGCCUUGAGAAUCGAAUUCGACCCUUCCAUAGUCCAGUACGGAGAGCUCGUUGAGUUCUUUUACCGCACCCAUGACCCGACCACGUUGAACAGGCAGGGCGGUGAUGUGGGCACUCAGUACCGCUCUACGAUUUUCACACAUUCACCUGAACAGAGCAAGAUAGCGAAAGACGUCACGCAGAAGGUACAAGAGGAACAUUUCAAGGGCCAAAAGAUUGUGACGGGAAUUGAAGAAGCUGGGCAAUGGUAUGAUGCCGAAGAAUAUCAUCAGCUACAUUUAUUCAAAGAACCGAACGGAUACCAGUGCCCAACACACAAGAAGCACUGGUAGAUUGGAUGAGAUUGUUAACAGUGUAACUGAGUAUUGGAAUUGUAUAGUAAACACCAACUUCCAGUUAUCAGAAUGACCACAAUCAAAAGCCGCCAUCAGAGUUGCGAAAGCCCGUCCCUUUACAAAUGUAACAAGGAGAGUGGUGCCGAACGGGCAAUGUCAAUGCGAACCCUGUAUAGGGUCUGACUCAACUCUCUGCACCGUCAUUUCUCGUCAUUGGCGUCUUUGAUUGUGGAAGGAUGAAAACCAAAACAUUUUCGUCACGAAUGUUAUAAGGCGGAGGCGUGGGAAAUAAUGUGUGUGAAUAUCGCUUCCAUUUUGGACCCAUGCACUUGAAGAAAGA